AUGAAUCCAAUCACUGUAAAGCUAGAAGACGGCGGCUGGACACCAGCACUUCACCAAAUAGCAAUAGAAGUUAUUGAUUCAUUGAUUAAUAGACCAGCAUCAGCCCUUAUUUCUGAUCCGAAAGAGCAUCAAAUUACAUUCCAAUCAGUUAGAGAAAAAUUAUCAAAGAAAAAGUAUAGCACAAUUGAAGAAUGGGGAAAUGAAAUACGUUUAAUCUUUAAGAAAGCAAAAGACACAAAGGAAGAUCUCUCUAUUGAUGUCGCUGAAGAAUUUGAGAUCAAAUUCGAAAGAAAAUAUCAGCAAAUAGUAGAAUUAAGUCAUUUCAAGUUCAAGACAGCAACAAAAAGAAUUGUCGAAGAUAUUGAUGAUCUUAAAGAGAAAUAUAAAGAUUUAGAAUGA